AUCAUUUUCUUUAUCUCGCCACAUAAGAUAACAAAGGUUUACUCUUGUACCAGACCAGUCCAUUUGAAUACUGAAUGAUUGUUUUCUUGAUGGACUGAAUUAAUGGCUGCUGAAACUAAAGCUUUAUCAACACAGGUUUCCCUGUAAUUUUCAUUGUUUUGGAAGUCUCAAGUGUUUGUUUAAGUGUCAGUCAUCAGUAGAUCAGUAUGGAGUUGAUUUCUCUUCCUCUAGUUCUCUUGCUGAUUUCAAACAUCCACUCUGAACAAACUGAAGAUGUAACACCAACUCUGACUGUGCAGCCACAGACGUCUGUGUUCAUUGGAGACUCAGUUACUCUGAUCUGUGAGGUUCAUCAGUCCACUGGAUGGGAGUUUAUCUUCAUAAACCCUUCAAACACUGAAACCACUGAAACUACAGGAACUAAAACAAUCAGAUCUGUGCAAGUCUCUGAUGGAGGAGAGUACACAUGCAUAGCCAGAAAAAAAGAAAACCCUCAGGUUUAUACACAAUACAGUAAACCAAUAACAGUGACAGUAAGUGAUAUAACACCAACUCUGACUGUGGAGCCACAGACGUCUGUGUUCAUUGGAGACUCAGUUACUCUGAUCUGUGAGGUUCAUCAGUCCACUGGAUGGGAGUUUAUCUUCAUAAACCCUUCAAACACUGAAUCCACUAAAACUACAGGAACUAAAACAAUCAGAUCUGUGCAAGUCUCAGAUGAAGGAGAGUACAAGUGCAGAGCUGGAAGAGGAAAUCCUCAGGUUUAUACACCAAACAGUGAACCAAUAACAGUGACAGUACAGGCUUUACCCAGAGUUACAGUGAAAGUAACACCAGACAGAUCUGUGUUCACUGGAGAGACAGUCACUCUGAAGUGUGAGAUAGAGGAUCAGUACAGAUCAUUAAACUGGAGAUAUCUGUGGUAUAAAGACACAACUGAAGUGUUUAACUCUGAGCGUUACACUGUAAACAGAGACUCUCUCACUAUCAACAGAGUUACUGAAUCUGAUCAGGAUAAGUACUGGUGUAGAGGAGAGAUACACGGACGACCAAAGACUUCACUUUCAAGCUCUGCUGUUUAUCUCAUAGUGAGGGCUUUACCCAGAGUUACAGUGAAAGUAACACCAGACAGAUCUGUGUUCACUGGAGAGACAGUCACUCUGAAGUGUGAGAUAGAGGAUCAGUACAGAUCAUUAAACUGGAGAUAUCUGUGGUAUAAAGACACAACUGAAGUGUUAAACUCUGAGCGUUCCACUGUAAACAGAGACUCUCUCACUAUCAACAGAGUUACUGAAUCUGAUCAGGGCCGGUUCAGCUGUAGUGCAGAGAUACAUGGACGACCACAGACUUCACUAUCAAGCUCUGAUUUUUAUCUUAUAAUGAGGGCUUUACCCAGCAUUACAGUGAGAGUAACACCAGACAGAUCUGUGUUCACUGGAGAGACAGUCACUCUGAAGUGUGAGAUAGAGGAUCAGUACAGAUCAUUAAACUGGAGAUAUCUGUGGUAUAAAGGCAGAACUGCAGCGUUUAACUCUGGGCUUUACACUGUAAACAGAGACUCCCUCACUAUCACUGGAGUUACUGAAUCUGAUCAGGAUCUUUUCUGGUGUAGAGGAGAGAUACACGGACGACCACAGACUUCACUAUCAAGCUCUGUUGUUUAUCUCAUAGUGAGGGCUUUACCCAGAGUUACAGUGAGAGUAACACCAGACAGAUCUGUGUUCACUGGAGAGACAGUCACUCUGAAGUGUGAGAUAGAGGAUCAGUACAGAUCAUUAAACUGGAGAUAUCUGUGGUAUAAAGACACAACUGAAGUGUUUAACUUUAAGAAUUACAUUGUAAACAGAGACUCUCUCACUAUCACUGGAGUUACUGAAUCUGAUCAGAAUAAGUACUGGUGUAGAGGAGAGAGAGAUGGACGACCCUCAUCCUCACAGGACAGUGAUCAUGUGACUCUCUCUGUUAAAGCUUUACCCAGAGUUACAGUGAAAGUAACACCAGACACAUCUGUGUUCACUGGAGAGACAGUCACUCUGAAGUGUGAGAUAGAGGAUCAGUACAGAUCAUUAAACUGGAGAUAUCAGUGGUAUAAAGGCAGAACUGGGACUUCAGUGUUUGAGGGAAACAUCUACACCAUCAGAUCACCAUCAGAUCAGGAUGAGUUCUGGUGUAGAGGAGAGAGAGAUGGACAACCCUCAUCCUCACAGGACAGUAAUCAUGUGACUCUCUCUGUUAAAGGAUCAAAACCAAAACCUGAAGUCACAUCAGAUACUGAAGGAUCUGUACUGACAGAGAGUCUUAAACCUGUAGUGAGUGUUGAUCCUGACAAAAAGCUGUUCAGAGGAGAAACUGUUACUCUGAGAUGUGACAUACAGGAUACAGGACACACUGAGUGGACAUACAGCUGGACUGUAGAGAAGACAAAUAACAGAAAUAUAAUCACACAAUGCAACACACAAGAGUGUAAAAUCAACAACAUUCAACAGACUGACAGUAAUAAAUACACCUGUAGAGGAAAGAUACGUGAACAAAACACUGAGAUGAGUGAUGCUGUUACACUGACUGUAUCAUCAGAUAAACCACAGACAGUUUUAAGUGUUUCUCCACAGCAGUGGUUGACUGAAGGAGAUUCAGUGACUCUGAGGUGUGAGGUUAGAAGUUCAUCUACAGGCUGGACAUUCAGCUGGUUCACUCUACAGAAUGUUGAUUAUGAGCUGGUGUCAAACAGCAGUGGAGGAUCUAAAGGCAUCUACACAGUGAGUUCAGUGACUGUGAAGCACACAGGAGUUUAUAUGUGCAGAGCAGAGAGAGGAGAUCCAGUCUAUCACACAGAGUACAGUAACACACAAACACUGUGGAUCACUGGUGUUUCUCCUUCAGUCUCUCUGAUCAUCAGACCCAACAGAUCUCAACACUUCUCAUCUGAAUCUCUCUCUCUGAGCUGUGAGGAUCACAGUAACUCUACUGGAUGGACAGUGAGAAGAUACACAGACAAACUGAAACCUUGUUCAGACUGGAGAUCUACAGGAACAACAUCUACAUGUACAAUCAGAUCUCUCCACACAUCUGAUACUGGAGUGUACUGGUGUCAGUCUGAAUCUGGAGAGAAACUUCAUCCUGUUAAUAUCUCAGUACACAAUGUUGAUGUGAUUCUGGACAGUCCUGUUGAUCCUGUGACUGUAGGAGAUAAUCUGACUCUAUGCUGUUUAUAUCGAGAUAAAAAUCCCUCUAACCUGAGAGCCGAAUUUUAUAAAAAUGAAUCAGUGGUGCAGAAUCAGACUACAGGAGACAUGAUGAUCAUCUCUACAGUCUCAAAGUCACAUGAGGGUUUCUACUACUGUAAACACCCAGAGAGAGGAGAGUCUCCAAAGAGCUGGAUCUCAGUCAGAGAUAAACCACAGACAGUUUUAAGUGUUUCUCCACACCGGUGGUUGACUGAAGGAGAUUCAGUGACUCUGAUGUGUGAGGUUAUAAGUUCAUCUACAGGCUGGACAAUCAGCUGGUUCGCUGGUAAUAUCUCAGUGAAUAAAGAUGUUGAUUAUAAGCUGGUGUCAGUCAGCAGUGGAGGAUCUAAAGGCAUCUACACAGUGAGUUCAGUGACUGUGAGGCACACAGGAGUUUAUAUGUGCAGAGCAGAGAGAGGAGAUCCAGUCUAUCACACAGAGUACAGUAACACACACACACUGUGGAUCACUGGUGUUUCUCCUUCAGUCUCUCUGAUCAUCAGACCCAACAGAUCUCAACACUUCUCAUCUGAAUCUCUCUCUCUGAGCUGUGAGGAUCACAGUAACUCUACUGGAUGGACAGUGAGAAGAUACACAGACAAACUGAAACCUUGUUCAUCAUCAGACUGGAGAUCUACAGGAACAACAUCUACAUGUACAAUCAGAUCUCUCAUCACAUCUGAUACUGGAGUGUACUGGUGUCAGUCUGAAUCUGGAGAGAAACUUCAUCCUGUUAAUAUCUCAGUACACAAUGUUGAUGUGAUUCUGGACAGUCCUGUUCAUCCUGUGACUGAAGGAGAUCCUCUGACUCUACGCUGUUUAUAUCGAUAUAAAAACCCCUCUAACAUGAGAGCUAAAUUUUAUAAAGAUGGAUCAGUGGUGCAGAGUCAGACUACAGGAGACAUGAUGAUCAUCCCUACAGUCUCAAAGUCACAUGAGGGUUUCUACUACUGUAAACACCCAGAGAGAGGAGAGUCUCCAAAGAGCUGGAUCUCAAUCAGAGCCUCAGGAUCUUCAUCUCUUGGUCUUACUGUUGGUCUGUGUCUUGGACUGAGCGUCAUGUUUUUGAUAUUUUUCUUGGUGUGGUGCUAUAAAAACAAAAAACUCUCUCAGUCUCCCUCAGCUGUCAGUCAACAGCAGAACAUCAGUCAGACAUCAGAUCAAACACAGACUGAAGACACUCCACUGCAAACUGACAAUGUAAGCGAAUCAGUUGAUCUCAACUAUGCUAAUAUUGAACUGGAACCUAAGAAAGAAAUGGAGACAAGAGAGAAAGAAAAGAAAGGAAUUAACAGUGAAAGGGAAGACACUGUAUACUCUAAACUGAAGAAGAGCAGAGAUCAAGAUGUUGCUUGAGGAAAAAAUAUGAGAAGAAAAAAAUGGCUGUACGUUUAUCAAUAAUCCAGUAAUAUGAUCAGCCUAUACCUUCACAUGCAUCAUUAGAGUAAAUGCUUGCUAAUCUUUGAUUGUCUAAUAGCAUGAUAGAGUUUUUUGUUAGGAUAUUUUUUAUAAACAUUUCGUGUUAAGUCUGUGUGCAGCAUGUAAGAUGACCUGACUUUCA